AUGAACGACGCCGAGCGUCGUAUUUACGCGCGACUCUCCAAGUUCACCGUUUUACCCCCUGUUGUGUUAGACUUCAACCAGAGUGAAAAACCCGAAAUAGUCGCCAAUGUGAAGAAGUAUUUGCAAUUUCUUCAUUUGGAAGACUAUGCGAAGAUGGAUCUUGAAGCUUAUACGAGCUUGACUUUUGAAUUUUAUACGACAUUCAAAUUUGCUAAAAAUGGUACGGAUGUCGUGUGUCUCCUUGGAGACAAGAGAAGGACGAUUGACGCCACUUUGAUGCAUCAAAUAUUCGGUUUUGUAUCUACGGAAGUUGAGGCACCUCCGAAAGGGUUUAAUGUAGAGAACGUUUGGUUGGAGAUCACUGACUGUCCGAAGCCAAAAGGAGACAUGCAAAGUAGGUUUAUUAAGGAUCUUGCAGUAGGGGCGGAGGAUACCGAUUUAAGGGGAAUGGUGAAGGAAAUAGCAGCCAGGAUGGAAUCUCUGAUGGUAUCUCAGUACGAUACCUUGAAGGAGAGAUUGGAUUCGAUUGAAUCCACACUUUCUCAAAAGGCAUUGCAAGAUGAGCUUCUGAAACAAAAUGAAGCAUUGGGUAGUGAAGUUGCUACCUUGAGAUGUGAUCUGCAGCAAGUACAAGAUGAAGUUGCAACAUACAAAGAAUGGAUUAGAAAGUCCAUUCCCGAGUUGUCUUACAACUGGCAAACUAAAGCAACUGAUCUUGAGAACCGUGGUGGCAUUGUUAGAAUUAUUAUUGAGGCCAAGUUUUCUUCUUCUAUUAGAUUAGCUAUCAACAUUGGAGGGCAAAAGCUUUCUUUCACUUUCGAUAAAGUGUUCAUGCCCGAUGCUUCUCAGGAAGAUGUUUUUGUGGAGAUCUCACAGCUUGUUCAGAGUGCACUUGAUGGCUAUAAGGUAUGCAUCUUUGCAUAUGGCCAAACAGGUUCAGGCAAGACCCAUACAAUGAUGGGUAAGCCAGGACUACCCGAUCAGAAAGGACUCAUUCCAAGAUCACUAGAGCAGGUGUUUGAGACGAGGCAAAUUCGUCAAGCCCAAGGAUGGAAGUAUGAUAUGCGGGUUUCAAUGCUUGAGAUAUAUAAUGAAACGAUUCGUGACUUACUAGCACCAAAUAGAACAUGCUCUGAUGCCUCACGAGCAGAAAAUGCUGGAAAGCAAUAUGCAAUCAAACACGAUGCCAAUGGAAACACUCAGGUUUCUGAUCUAACUAUUGUGGAUGUUCAAAGUAGCAAGGAGGUUUCUUAUCUCUUGGAAAGAGCAGCACAGAGCAGGUAG